AUGCAGACCUUGCUUGCGCCGUCUCCGGUCGAGUUUGCCGCUGCUGGGCGGAUCCGGCCCAUCCACGUCGCGGACCUUUAUCGCAGGCUUGGCUUGCAGCAGGACGAGAUCGCCGGUCCACACUACCAUAUCACCAGCUAUGGCAUUCGCAUACCACUUCCAUUCAUCCCAUACGAGCCCAAUUCAGGGCUAUCGCUGACGGCUCCUGCUAAUGUAUCCAUCGCGGUGCUGUCCUGCGAACAUGAAGACGGCAGCCUGGUCCUGCUGUUCCUGCGCCGGAAGCAAAACACGCUCGGCGAGUACUACGUCGGCGACUUCGUCGAUGUCGGUGACUCCGCCGAAAUCUUCACACGAGCGUACUUCCGCGUCGCCUUCUUGUCAAAGUCAGCCCCAAAUCUCUCAUCGCCCACCAUCGUCCGGGAUGUCUACAUCCACAACCGCGUGCAUCCCGCCAUGCGCAUCCACUUACCCCACAGAACCCUCGCUGACACGGAGCACAUCGAGCGCAUCAACUACAGCUUCUUCUUCCCCGAAUGGGUCCUCAGCCGAUUGCAAACCGUCGGCGGCUUCGUUCCGCAGGACAAGCGCGCAGGCGACGACGGGCUGACCCUGGACAUGCCCGUCCUCCCCGGGCUCGACGUCAGCGCGGUGUUCCACCUCACGCGCGUCACCCAGGCCGUCUUCGCGCAGCCGGACAACGAGCGCGGCGGCUUCGUCGUUACGUUCGGCAUCGGGUGCAUCUGCCAGCUGACGCACAAGCGGCGCGGCUUCGACGCGUUCUGGGUCGAGGUCGCGCACGCGCCGCUCAGCGCGAACCAGCGGCAGCUGCGCCAGAAGUGGAGCGCGGCACUCGGCCCGUCGGGCGGGUGCGCACGGCGGCACCUCAAGCACGCCCCGAUGGACUUCGCCGACGCGCGGGGCACGGUGAGGCUCACUGUGACGCCGUGGGGCGGGUCCCCGGCGGGCGCGGCGGCGCGGGACUUCAGCUACGUCGUCGAUGUUGAGCUGCUGGAGCCUGACGAGGGCGGGGCGGCUGGACCCGCGUCGCCGGUGGAGCAGCCGUCCAGCACGCGUGCUACCUUGAGGAGGGCGGUCGAGUUGCUCUGGAGCUUGCGGUUGGGAAGUAUUUGA